CUCUAUACAUACCUCUCCAUCGCUCUCUCAUCGUGUCUAGGGCCUCUCGCUCUGUGCAUUGACUGUCCCUCCAAUCUUAAACUCGUCUCCCUUUGCAGGCCCUCCCGAUCCCCCCCCUUCACAGCCCUGAUCCAGUCAUGGCCCCCUCGACGACGACCGCUGGGCGGAUAGACGAGGCCCGGGGUCUUGCGAAGACCGACCCGUCGAAAGCCGAGAACAUCCUCAAGGAGGUCCUCGCACAAGGCACCGGCUCGAGCGAGGCCUCGUCGCGUGAUUACGAGAAUGCCUUGGUGUCGCUGGGAGAAGUCUACCGGGAUCAGAAGAAGCCGCAGGAGAUUGCGGACCUCAUCAAGACGAGUCGCGAUUCUUUCUCUUCAUUUGCCAAGGCAAAGACCGCCAAGCUGGUCCGCCAGCUGCUGGAUCUGUUCAGUGAGAUCCCGAACACCCUCGAUAUUCAAGUCUCCGUCAUCAAGUCAUGCAUCGACUGGGCCAUCGCCGAGCGCCGGUCCUUCCUUCGCCAGAACCUCCAGACUCGCCUGGUGGCCAUCUACAUGCAGAAACAGACCUACUAUGAUGCCCUCACUCUCAUCACCCCCCUCCUCCGCGAGCUGAAGCGCCUGGACGACAAGCUCAUGUUGGUCGAGGUACAGCUGCUGGAAUCGCGGGUGUAUCACGCCCUGGGCAACCAGGCCAAGGCCCGUGCUGCGUUGACGGCGGCCCGGACGUCAGCCGCCUCGGUCUACACGCCCCCGAACCUGCAGGCCAAUCUCGAUAUGCAGAGCGGUAUGCUACACGCAGAGGACAAGGAUUUCAACACGUCAUUCUCCUACUUCAUCGAGGCUCUGGAGGGAUACAGCUCCCUGGACGAGGGUGACAAGGCUACCGCGGCCCUGCAAUAUAUGCUGCUGUGCAAGAUCAUGCUGAACCUGGUGGAUGACGUGACGAGCCUGCUGGGCUCGAAGCAGGCCCAGAAGUACGCUAGCCCGCGACUCGAGGCCAUGAAGGCGGUGGCGCGUGCACACGCCCACCGGUCUCUGGAGGAGUACGAGAAGGCUCUGUCGGACUACCGCUUCGAGCUGGGCAGCGACACCUUCAUCCGCAACCACCUCCGCAGACUGUACGACGCCAUGCUGGAGCAGAACCUCAUCAAGGUGAUUGAGCCGUUCAGCCGGGUCGAGCUGGACCACGUCGCCAAGAUGGUCGGGCUGGACACGCAGCAGGUGGAGCGGAAGCUCUCGCAGAUGAUCCUGGACAAGGUCAUCAUCGGCGUGCUGGACCAGGGAGCGGGAUGUCUGAUUGUCUUCGACGAGACGGAACGGGACCAGGCCUACGAUGCGGCCCUGGAGACCAUUGCGAAGCUGAGCAAUGUGAUUAUGUCGAUCACCCAUCAUCUGCCAAUCCGCGGAUCCUCCCUUGCGGCCUUGUUCUCUGGUCUCCCGCCAACCAUGAACGCCCCAAUUCCCCCCAACUACGGGCGUGGGUUCCCUCCCCAGGGCGCCCAACGCUCGCCUGCCACGCCUCGUCGCGGACCCCAGGGACCAGCGGCCGCGAUGCCCGUCCCCAUGCCACAGCACGCCGUCCCACCGCAAUACAUCCCUCCUCAGCAGCGCAGCAGCAUGCAGCACCCCAACGACGCCGCGCUCCGCCGCAGCCGCAAACCCACCGACCGGAACAUCCCCGAUGGCAUUGAGGAGACAGUCAUCGGCGAAGGCGUGCAGCAAUACAAGAACCUGCGCGAUCUGGAGAAGCGUCUCGACGCCGCCAUCGUCCGCAAACGCCUGGACAUCCAGGACUCCAUCAGCAAGACCGUCAAGAAGUACCGCACGAUGCGCAUCUGGAUCUCCAACACCGUCGAAAGCCAGCCCUGGCAGACCGCCGCGCCCGGAAACAAUCCCGGCUCCGGACGGUACAAGGUGCGCAUUGAGGGCCGCCUGCUGGACGAUGACACCGAUCCCACGGCGCCGCAGGACAGUGACGACGAAGCCGACGACGAUAAUGACAACGAUGACGAUGCCAUGGAGCAGGACGGCCCCAACUCCAAGAAGCCAUCCUCCAAAAAGUCCAAACAGCGCUUCUCGCAUUUCUUCAAAUCCCUCACCGUCGACUUUGAUAAGCCCGCCACCGCCAUCCCGGAGGAAGUCAAGCCCGUCACUUGGAACAAGCCGCAGUUACCCCCUAAUACUGCGACGCUGCCGCCCACGGCCGACUUCGACUCCAUCCAGUUCUCCCGCGCGUCGCAGGAGAACCUGAAUAUCACCGUGAGUCUGGUGCGCGAUGAGACGCCGGAGCGGUACAAGCUGAGCAAGGAGCUGGCGGAGGUGCUGGACGUGGAGGAGGAGACGCGAAGUGGGAUCGUGCUCGGCAUUUGGGACUACAUCCGCGCGAUGGGCCUACAAGAAAACGAGGAACAGCGGCUUGUGCGUUGUGAUCAUCGUCUGCGAUCGAUCUUCGGCCGCGACACCAUGUUCUUCCCGCAAAUCCCCGAAAGCAUCGGCCCACACACCAGCCCCAUCGACCCGAUCCGACUGCCGUACACGAUCCGCGUCGACGAAGACUACCACCGGGACCCCGCGCCGACGGUCUACGACAUCCAAGUCGCGCUGGAAGACCCCCUGCGGUCCAAGAUGCUCGCCCUCACCCAGAACCCGCAAUACACAGCCUCGAUGCGCCAGAUCUCCACGCUGGACGACCAGGUCGCGCUGAUCGUGCAGUCGCUGACCCAUUCCCGCGCCCGUCACUCCUUCUACACCGCCCUCAGCAAAGACCCCGCCACGUUCGUUCGCCGCUGGAUCAACUCCCAGCGGAGGGAUCUGGAGUCUAUUCUUGGGGAUGCCACCCGCGGUGGCGGUGAGGAUGCCAGUGGGCCCGAGUUCCGCCGUGGCGGUCUUGACGGCGCUUGGGAUACCCCUGUCGCCAGGGAGGCGGUGCGGUAUAUGCUUGCCAAGCCGGAGGCCGCGAUGGGGCGGUGAGAUGGGAUGGCUUGUCUAUCACUUCUUCUAUCUGGCUGUUUAUCCGUCUGUUAGUCUGUCGGUCGGUCGGUCUGCCUGUGGUCUUUGUAUCAAAGAUGACUAUCCGACUGGAUUGACUAGAUAUGGUAGGCUAGGGUAGUGCUAGUGAUCGUAAAUGGGUCGUUGUACGUUCUUGUUGUUAUUAAGCAAGCAGGCAAGGCAAGGCAGCAAGCAAGGCAGCGCAGUACGCCGGCAAGCAAGGCGAGAAAGCUAUGUAGUUGCUAGUUGGUUGUUGCUAGUUGUUGGCUGGGGCGCUCACGUGGUGUUUGGUUUCGGGUUGGUCCUGGUAUCUAUCUAUCUAUCUGUCUAUUCUAUCUGUAUCUCUUUUCUUUCUUCCUUUUGUUUACGAAUUUUUACCUUUUUCAGCGGUAGUAUUCUUCUGCUUCUUCG